AUGGGUGUCCCCGCGCUGUUCCGAUGGCUGUCCAACAAGUAUCCGAAGAUCGUCUCUCCGGUUAUUGAGGAGCAGGCCCAAGUAGUGGAUGGAGAAGAAAUCCCAAUCGAUAUCACUCGUCCGAACCCCAAUGGCGAGGAGCAGGAUAACCUUUAUCUGGACAUGAAUGGUAUUGUUCAUCCAUGUACUCAUCCCGAGGGGAAGCCUCCCCCAGCGGACGAGCAGGAAAUGAUGAUGGAAAUCUACAAGUACACCGAUCGAGUGGUCAACAUGGUGCGCCCCAGAAAGCUUCUCAUGAUCGCUAUCGAUGGUGUCGCCCCCAGAGCGAAGAUGAACCAGCAGCGCGCGCGUCGAUUCCGCUCGGCGCAAGAGGCCAAGGAGAAUGACCAGAAGAAGGAGGACCUCCACAAGAUGCUCGCCCAGCAGCAUGCUACGAAGACCGGCGAGCAGUUGAUUCGGGAGGAGGUUGUUCAGAAAACGUGGGACAGCAACGUCAUCACGCCAGGAACGCCUUUCAUGGAUAUCCUCGCUGCCUCGUUGCGGUAUUGGAUUGCCUACAAGCUCAACACUGACCCGGGUUGGGAAAAUCUGAAAAUCAUCAUUUCGGAUGCCACCGUCCCAGGAGAAGGAGAGCACAAGAUCAUGAAUUUUGUGCGAUCGCAGCGAGCCUCGCCUAAUCACGACCCCAACACUCGUCAUGUCAUCUACGGUCUAGAUGCUGAUCUGAUUAUGCUGGGUCUUGGUACUCACGAGCCUUACUUCCGAGUCCUGCGUGAAGACGUAUUUGCCCAAGACUCGAGGCCUCGGGGGUGCAGACUUUGUGGACAGACUGGCCAUAAGGCUGAGGAGUGUCUAGGCCUCCCAAAGGAGAAGAGUGGAGAAUUCGACGAGAAGCAGCACGCUGCUCCUCUGAAGCCAUUCAUUUGGCUUCAUGUCGCCGUGCUAAGAGAAUAUCUUGCUGUGGAGCUUCGUGUUCCUCAGCAACCGUUCCCAUUCGACUUGGAACGUGCACUAGAUGACUGGGUGUUCAUGUGUUUCUUCGUCGGAAACGAUUUCCUUCCUCAUCUGCCUUCUUUGGAUAUUCGUGAAAACGGAAUCGAUACGCUGAUCGCGAUCUGGCGCGACAAUCUCCCCGCUAUGGGAAGCUACCUUACCAAAGAUGGAAGUGUUGAGUUGAAAAACGCUCAAAUUAUCUUGCAAGGACUGGCGAAACAAGAGGAUGCCAUCUUCGCACGUCGUAGGCAAGCGGAUGAAAGAAAGCAGGCAAACGAGAAGAGACGCAAGGAGCAAGAUGCGGCUCGAAAUGAAGAGCGUGCUCAAAAGCGAAGGCGGAGUUCCCCCCAGCAUGACUUGACAGCUGGCGGCGCCGAGCCCGCCCCUCCCAUGGAACUCAUCACCCCCGGCCGAGGUCACUUGAACAAGGAGACCAGAGAGCUGACACACAGCAUGGUCAUCAACCGUGGAGCUGUGUACCGUGCUAACAUGGAGAAUAAGAGCGCCGCUGCUGUGCUGAAGAGUAAACUCAUGAAGGUCAACCAGGAUGAAACUCCAGCCACAGCCGACGAUGAUGUAUCAAGCGAAAUCCCAGAGCAGACUUCUCCCGGGGUUCUCGGAAAACGAAAGGCGGAUCCAGCUGAACAGGAGGUUACCGAGGCAGGAACACCGGGCAGACACUCUCCUCUGCCCGUUCCUGUUGCUGCUGAGAAGCCUAAACAAGAUGAGCCCCAAGAAGACACUGUCAAGCUGUGGGAGCCGGGAUACGCCGAUCGAUACUAUGAGCAAAAAUUCGGCGUGGACCCAAAAGAUUUAGAAUUCCGUCAUCAGGUCGCUCGCGAAUAUGCGAUUGGUCUUUGUUGGGUUUUGCGAUACUAUUUCCAGGGGUGCCCCUCUUGGACUUGGUAUUAUCCAAGGCACUAUGCGCCAUUUGCCGCUGAUUUCGUUGAUAUUGCCGAUAUGGACGUCCAGUUCGAGAAGGGCACGAUAUUCAAACCAUUUGAACAGCUCAUGGGAGUCUUGCCUGCCUCAUCUAACCAUGCACUGCCGAAAGUUUUCCAUCCUCUCAUGGAAAAUCCCGAUAGCGAGAUCAUCGAUUUCUACCCGGAGGACUUCCCACUGGACUUGAACGGCAAGAAAUUUGCCUGGCAAGGCGUGAUUCUUCUCCCUUUCAUCGACGAAACUCGUCUUCUAAACGCCAUGGCGAAGGUAUAUCCUCUCCUUACUGAGGAUGAAAAGAGCCGCAACUCUCAUGGCCAGGAGGUUCUUCUGCUAUCCGACCGAAACCCUUUGUACCAAGAUCUUGUCGCGAACUUCUACUCCAAGAAACCUGGUCCCGCACAAUACCCCCUUAAAGAGGAUGUGAGUGGUGGCUUGGCCGGUAUUGUCGAGCGCAGUGACACCUAUAUUCCCCACAGCUCGUUGGUAUCGCCAUUGGAGGCACAUGGCAUGCCAGGCGUUGAUGAUGAUCGUUCUCUCACGGUCCUGUAUACGAUCCCGAAGACUUCUCAUGUUCACAAGUCAAUGCUUCUCCGCGGGGUGAAGCUGCCGACGCCGAUGCUGGAUUCAAAUGAUAUCAGAGCCACCCAGACCCGAUCCCAAAACUCGGGCCGAUCAUUCGGUGGCGCACCUUUCCAGGGCAGAGGACGCGGCGGCCGGAUGAACUACUCGAGUGACCGCCCGAACCCAUUCGCUGCGCACCUUGACCCGAAGUUCAAUUCCAGCCCACAAGGUGGUCCCGGAGGUCCCGGUGGUGCCCCUAUGGUACCUCCUGGAUGGGUUCCCCCUGCCCAAGGGUACGGAGGCUACGCCAGAGGACCGCCUCCCCCACCACGUGGCGGAAUGUCACACCAGUACCCUCCUCAGUACCCACCCCAACACGGCUACCAACAGCCUGGGGACUAUUAUGGCCAGCAAAACAACCAGUACAACCAGGGUGGUCAGUACAAUAGCGGUCAUCAAUCAGGUUAUGGCCAGCAGGAUUAUCGUGGAGGCAGAGGAGGUAACCGUGGAGGCCGCGGCCGUGGUGGGCAGAACCGAGACCAAUACUCCCACAACCAAGGCGGAGGGGGGUAUAAUCGGUACUAG